UCCGUCGUCGCAGGUGAAACGCUCUCUCAGGAGAAUGUACUCAGUCGUGGUCGCGCGAUCGCACUAGACGAUAUUUACCUGCCUGCGAUCCCCGGGCAGGAGCGUAUCGGCCGCACGCAGCUCCCUCGAGAGCCCCUCCGUCCCCCCUCGGGCCCCCCUCGAGCACGCAACACGGCAACGAGGACAGCGCGCCAUGCGUCAUCAAUCUUAAAGAAACGAGGAACGAGGACCCGGGACGAGGAAUCUGCGAUCGGUAAGCGGUUAAAACGUUAAAGAUGUUGCCGAAAUUGACGAUUCUGCUCUGGGCGGCAAUUCCGAUCGUGUUGUCUCAGAGCAACUAUGCAUCGCAAGGCAACAGCAUCGAGUAUCAGCCGGGACUGCCACCGAGCACGGUUCUCGAUGGCAAGGUCACCAAGCUGGACGACAUCUUGCCGAUUAUAUUUCUGAAUCGAACCAAGGCCUCCCUAAACUGCGGCCAAGGUAGCAUGGAGGUCGAACUCAAAUUCGAGGAGCCGUUCUAUGGAGUGGCUUACGCUGAUUUCGAUCGUAACAGCGCCUGCAUAUUCAAAGGACGAGGCGCGACCACCGCUAAAUUGGAACUACCUCUAAAGGGAUGCGGUACAAAGCAGGAUCCUCUGCGUGUGUUUACCAAUAACGUGGUUGUUCGCUUUCACCCCGGAUUAGAGAUGGACGGAGAUGAGGUUAUCACCAUAGUCUGCAGAUAUCCUCCACCCGUAGCGCCGGCACCUCCAAAGCCUCCAGAAAGCAUAUUGGCUACGUUGACGCCCUCGCCGGUCACCGAACCGCCGCUAAAAGGCUUCCAGAUCCUGCUGAUUAUCUGCGCGAUCCUGUUCCUGUCGCUGCUCCUGCUAGGUCUCGGCUGCUCCUACAUGUGCCUGAAACGCCGUAAUGUCCGCGUGGUCCAUCGACAUCCCUUCGAGAGCGGCACCGGCUCCGAGAUAACGAAACUUUCCGGCUCGACCCUGAGCAACAUCACCAUGUUCGAGGGUCUCAAGAUACCGCGCGCGCACGCCCUUCUUCACGCGACCGCCGCCUCUACUUCCGGUAGCGAGGCGAAUCUGGUGAUCGAUCAUUCGGACACGUUGCCGAGCGAUUAUCCGAGCGAGAGCCACUCCGAGGUGGACGAGGAACGUUCGUUGCCUGUGUCCUCCGCCGGGUCUUACGACAACAAGGCGUUCAUGGAUCAUCGCGAGAUCCAGCAUCAGCGCCAGGUGGAAAUGCGUACCUCGAGUUCUUUGUAUUCCGAGACGGUCGCCGCCGAGGUGGAAACCUCGUCGAUGACAGCCGCGAACGCGUCCAGAGUCAUGAUACCGCGUCAUCCCGUGGCUGUUCCGCUCGAGCCGAAAUUCGACGUACAGAUGAGAGUGAAGAGAGCACCGCCACCGCCGAGUCCCUUACCAUCGGAAUCGGACGUGGCGAGCAUCGCCCUGGAGAGAAACCUGACGACUAUCCUGGAAAGAGAGGAAUCGCGUUCGUUGGAAAGCACGCCCUACCGAAUGACGACCUUCUCCUACGUUCCCGAGCUUCAUGGACCACCGGGUGGCGCGUCGUCCGUUUCCACCAUCUCCCGACAGCAGACGCCUCCGGUCUACUCGAGAAUUCUUCGUAAACAGGCGGAGCGGGAGACCACCGUGAUUCAGGAGAAACUCCCGUCGCCGACGACCGAGCAACCGCUCUUGCAACACGAGAUCCGCCGGCCGAGAUCCCUCACCUCCCUGAACACCGAGCUCACGGAAACUCGCUCGCUUACCGAGGUGACGGACGCGUCUCACGCCAAAUACCGGGUGGCGAGCAUCCUGGCGCCGACACCGCCGCCGCCGCCUUCCAUCGCGCCAACCACGUCCACCACCGCGACCCACACCGCCGUUCAGCACCGCGAGCACCGUCUGCUGCGCGAGGAGAUGACCGAGCCGCUGGUCGAGCCGCAGAUGGUCGCGCCUCGCCGUCCGGAAAUUACGACCCACGAGGUGGACGACGUGUUUCUGCGCACCGUCACGGAGAAGAAGACGAUCGAGGACGUGGAGCGUCACUCUCGCCAGGUCACCGAGUAUCGCGCCAGGCCGCAACCGCCGCCGGAUCUCAAGUGGGACGUCACCAUCAGGAACUAUCCGACGGAGGACCUGCCGCCUCCGCCACCGGAAUGGGAGAACUUCUCCGACGUCAGUUCGGCUUCCAAUUUAACCAUCACGAACGAGCCGACGAACGCUGGCGUGGACGACGAGCCGGACGUCAGCAUCGAGCCGACCUACACCACCCGCGCCGAGAUCCCCUGCAGACCGCCACCCCCCGCCUCCCGUCGUUCCCUCGACGAUGCCGAUGCCGAUUGGUACACUAGAUUGGCGCGCGUCCUAGAACCGCGUUACGCCACCGAAUUAACGGACGAGGAACGCGCCAAGUGGCGCGAGAUCAUCACGACGGAGAGCACGCUGCGCACUUUGCUGACCGAGGCGGUAGUCAAGGAGGAUUACGAGCUGAUCCGCAAAGACGCGAGAUACGUCAAUCUGUUCCCGCCAGCCAAGUGGGACGUGAUUAUCCGCAUUCUGAGCCCACCGUCGACGCACACCGGCUCCACCUCGUCCUCUAGCCACGGCAAAAAUCACGGACAGAGAUACAAACGGUCCAAAUCAUCGGAAUGGGACACCAGGUCCAGAAGAUCUUCCCUCCCCACCUUGUACGAGUACGAAAGCGACGGCGGCAGCUCGGCGCGCACCUUAGGCACUCAGAGUCAUCAUCUGCAGACAUCGCAGUCCGCCACGACCAUGAUCGGUGGACAGGGUCGUCCACGUCGAUUGGGCGGUUCUAUUCGUUCGCGAGGCGCCGGCGCCGGCAGCGAGGCCGAUCUGAGAUCGAUGUCCGAGAUAACGGUUCGCGACUUUGCCCGGAUGGACCGGGACGAUCUGACCAGCUUGAGUUCCUUCGAGGGCGCGGAUUCUCUGGUCAGAUCGCUCAGCCAGCCGAGCUUGGCCAGGUCGGGCUCGGAAUUCACCGAGCAUUGGGGCAUGCCUUCCGGAAGUUUGCCGCCGUGGGCGACCGCGGAGGAUGGCACCAGUUCCGUGGAAACGACCCCGAGGGCGAUCAGACGGGGCGACAGAUUGGUUCUCGCCUCCUUCGACGAGCACAGACGAGGCCCGUCCGUCACGAGAUCGAGUCGAUAUACCGAGAGGGAGCUUAACGUACGCGUGACGGAAAGUCAGAGAGCCUCGGACUGGUUUAACGACAAUAAUUCCGAGCCGGAGAUGCAGAUAUGAGCGGGCCUUGAGCGACAUUGCUUUACUUCGACGAGGAUCUAAAGGAGCUGUUAGAAAUAAAUUCCGACAAUGGGCAACACCGUUUAUAUUUGACGAAAUCGAGGAGCUUAAGAUCGUUAUUCUGUAAUUUUUUGAGCAGGGAAUCUUUUUGAUACUGUCAGUUUUUUAAUGAAGUAAUUAAUCGAAUUUCUCAAUUGAUUCAAUUGGAGGAAAAGUAUUUUUUAAAUAUAAUAAUUUAUAUUUAAAAAUUCAGAGAUUCUGUAAAUAAAAGCGAGAGCUUUCGAGAAAACUGCAUAUUUCAAAUAUUUCUUGAAUAUGUGAAGAGUAUACUGCUCAAAGAAUUGAAGAACCGAAAAUUUAUUAAAAGAUCAGUAAAAAUUUUAUUUUUCACUUCUUCGCGGCUCUUCUACAGAUUUGCAUGUGUUUUAAAUUCUAUUGCGAGUCACGAAUAUAAUGGAUUAUGUUUUAUACGAGCGCUUAUAUUUUUCUCACGGACACUUUUUCGGUCGGUGACUCUACGUGACUCGCGCAUUACGAGUGGAUGCCACCGCUGUUUGUUUCGCUCUCAAGCAGAGACCUUCCGUAUGAUGGAUAUCUUGCCAAGAAUAACAAUGCAUUCGAACGAGCAAUGAAAUACAAAAUAAUAUUUCGCAUACUAAUAUUCAUUUAUAGCGGCCAGGUCGCUAUUUUUUUACGCCAGUUAUAUCGGUGUCCUACAACUCAUGGCCAUUCACUGCCUAGAUUCAUGUCUGACAGUUCGCGAAUAAUCGCUCGUAAUCGCUCAAACUGAAUUGUUUCCAAUCAAUUUCGCGACUGCCUCCCGAGUCCUCCGUUCCUUCGAUAUCGAAAUCUCCCGAUGUUACAAUAUCCCGAAUUUUUGGAAACUUGCUCAACCGCCAAUUUCUUCACACGUCACUCGUAGACGGAACGCGUAGACGUAGAUCAUACGAGUUGUUUAUCUCGCCACGAGUGAGUCUGCAGAUUCUGGCGAAAAUACUAUCAGAAAAUCGAGCAUAAUUUGCAGAAAUCAAACGAUUAAAGCUUAUACUGGCAAUGAAAACUUUUUAUCGCUAACUGCGCUCUCAAGUGACAAAUAUAUUGCGCCAUUUUGCGUAUUUUAUAAAUCACAGAAAACAUUGUUAGAAAUAUUUUACGGUACAAAGUACGAGUUUGAAUAGCGUAGAAUUCUCAUUCGAAUAUCCUUCGACAAAUUUAAACGGCUUAAUUAGCAAAUAUGUCAACAUUCGAGUUACAGAAAAAAAUAACGCAAAAAAGAGCAAAUGGCAGAAAAUAAUAAAUAACAUAAUCAUGAGAGGAUAUAAUGUCGCGCGAUGCAGCUUGUCCUCAGCUUCCUAACGUUCGAUAAAUCGCGAAGAUCGAUCUCUCUCCUUCUCUCUCCUUCUUUUUCUUUCUCAGAGAUCGUAAGGGAUCGCACGUAGCUCGCGAUUAAAACAUUCCCGUUUGCGAUACAACUGCGAUAAUAGUCUACUUAAAUAGGUAACGAAACACACGGUGCUGGGUUAUAUGCUUCACAAACGAUAUAGUUUAAACUUCUCUCUCCAAGAUCAUUUACCUUAACCCCCUCCUCAAGCCUUUUAUCCGAUUUAAUGUAUUGUCGUCGGAAUACCUGGGCUCGGUCGAGAUAUCGACCGACACGGUAUGUUCGUACGUAGAUAGGUAUUUGUAAUUAUAUGGCGUAUCUUUACGGCUAAUGUAUAGUCACAAGCUGCGUUAAAUUUAAAUUUAUAACUCUCUCAUCGCGCUCUAUCUACGUGCAGUCAUUAGAGUUUACAAAGUCUUCCGAAUCCUUGAGCUGCGAGAUGGAAAUUCGGAGAGUUUGCAAAUUACAUUAAUAUAUCAGGGCGCGAUUAUAAUUCUCAUGACGAUUGCACGUAAUUGCUCCGGGAUUUCUACAUUUGUUUUGACAAUGGUCAACAAUUCGAAACAUUUUGCCUUGAAAAGAUAACGCUACGUUUCGUUUUUGUUUGCGAUAUCGAUUAAAAUUAUCGGUUGUCAAAACUGCGGACAAAGGAUGUUAGAGAUAACGCAAAACUGAUUUUUGGAACGGUAUCAAAAAAUUGCAUCAGCAAAUUUUUACUUGCAAUACACAAUUUUGAAAUAUAAUGGUACUUAAAAUAAAUUUGCUGUGUAUAUACAGGGUGUCAGGACAAUCUCUUUCCCAAAAAAGCUCCUGUAGCUUUUACCUCGAGAGCUUUUCAAAACACUGUAAUAAAGUAUUUUUUAUUUCGAAUAUUUUUCGAGUUAUGCAAUUAACAAUUACAUAUUUUUUCGAAACAAUUAUGUAUUUUCUUUACACCAAUUGAUUC